CCAGAAAGAUGUCUGCCCAUUAUGAAUUCUCUCAUUCUGCAGCAGCGGAAACAUACAACAGAACGACAUCCACUUCUUCAUCUUCUUCACCAACAAGAACAUCCGGAACCGGGAAAAAGAAUAGCAGUAGCAAAAAAAGGUUCAGUGAGGAGCAAAUCAAGUUAAUGGAGUCCAUUUUCGAGACUGAGUCCAAGCUCGAUCACCCAAAACAGUUGCAGCUAGCUUCACACCUUGGCUUGCAGCCUCGCCAGGUGGCCAUAUGGUUCCAGAAUAGAAGAGCUCGAUCCAAGUCCAAACACCUCCAACGUUCUUACUAUCUACUCCAAGCCAAUUACGAUGCUUUGGCUUCCAAAGUCGAGGCCCUCAAGAAGGAGAACCAUGCAUUACUUCUACAGUUGCAGGAGUUGAAAGAUUCGAAAGAUCAAACCUUUUGUUGUAAGAAAGUGGAAGAUGAAAGUAUGAUGGACAGAAAGUCUGAUAAUGGAGGGACCUUCGUCAAGCCAAGUCCAUCAAUGGAAAGAUCAGAACAAAUACCUGGGAUUCUUUCAGAUGAUGAUAGGAGCUCAAAGGCAGAAUAUGUUGGGGCUGAAGAUGAACUUGCGAUUCUGAGCUUCUCUGAUAAGCAUACAGAUAGUCCCUUGACGUCACAAGAAGUUUGGAGAAAUCUUGAGUCCACUGAUGAUGACUUCUUAGCCCAGUCUGACGGUGGUUAUCAAUGGUGGGACUUCUGGUCCUGAAUUAAAUAAUGAAGAGUUUUGGAAAUAAUAGGUCUGUUCUUGCUAAAUUACAUGGAAAGAUUGAGGGCAAUAACAAGGUGAAGAUUUUCCGUGCACUCUGGAAAUUUCACUUCUUCAGAGUUCUGGUGGUAGCCAAUGCCGUUUUUGCUAAGAGUGAAACUUAAGGGUAAGUGUGGAUUAAGGAAAGGGUAAAAACAUAUGAGAAAAGGGAACUUUUGAUUUAAAUCUGAAUGCUUUUGGUAAAAAAAAAAAAAAUUCUGAAUGCGGACAAAUAUGCAAACCAAAGCCUUC